AUGAGUACGUCGACCUUCGCUGGUUUAUUAAGCCUCAAGAAAGUGUUCUUCCUUGAGAUGUUCAUCACGGCGUUACUUUACCUCCUCCACUUGCUUCUACUUCUCCUGCCUCUCUUGCUCUGGUACUUCCUUCAAGUGCGCAUGAAAAAGACUUUGCAGCUGCCCAGAGGACGCUCUCACCUUCGUCAUGCUUGGACAAAGUAUAACAUGACUGACUUCCGAUCCAGGCUUUUCACGAGCAUCCCUAUUGUCGAUACUGACACCGACGACAACCAGUGGCGACCCUCCGUGUUCCCGAGCCAGCGACUCACGAGGCGACCCGACUACCGCGGUGUGUCGGCGACUUUCCACAACGCCUGCUUGUCGGAAAACGCGUCAAGCACCAGCAGCACGGAUUCCCACGACAAUCACCCAAUGUCGUGUCAGCGAAGUAAAAAAGAAAGAUGCUCAGAUCCACCACACAGCAUUCGUCUCACCUGUAACAUCAGAGCGGCAAAAACGGCGACGACGCGUUUUUCGCAGAUACCAAGGACCGCCCGGUUGUCGAAUCGGACCGCUGGAACUGGGCGACACUUGCACUCGCUCUUCGCCAAAAAAGGCGACUACUUUGAAAAAUCCAACCCCACACGCCCCGAACAACACGCCCAACAACCAGAGUGCUUAGUGAGGUCGAGACCACCGCCUCUCAUGCCAUUGCGUCUCCCUGGUGCACAUGACGAAAUGGCAAUGAUGUACUCGAGCCGUGUUUGA